AUAUGGAGUCUGGAGAGCGGUUAACAUCAACGACGGCCUCCUCCACUGCACCCACUUCAUCAUCGACGCCUUCUCCACCUUCUGCGGCUUCAGCAGUUUCCAAAGGCAGCCUGUCCACUGGAGCUGCCUCGCUCAGCUCCACCAUCAACACGUGUGGUGCAGAAUGGUGGAGAACAGCAGAUGUUCAUGCUCGAUCAGGGGCAACCUUCUUUUCACCACUCCUGGGGAUUCCACCACUGUUUGCUUCUUCAGCUCAGAAUCAUGAUUCAUCUUCAUUCCAUUCAAGGAACACGGGAAAGAAUAAUCGAGGUGGUCUAGAAAAAGGUGUAAAUGGGUCAGUAAAUGGAAAUAGUACAUCACCUGUGUCUGGCAUUGGUACGUCUGUAUUAUCCGCUACAGCUUCAAGUUCAACUGGACAAACGAAAGCUAUGACUUCAGGAGGAGGAAGUCGCAAAUGUAAUCAGGAUCAAAGUAAAAAUCAGCUUUUGGAUGCCAGAGCUGACAAAAUUAAAGAUAAGAAACCAAGAAAGAAAGCCAUGGAAAGUUCAAGCAACAGUGACAGUGACUCAGGCACAUCCUCAGACACCUCAAGUGAAGGUAUUAGUAGCAGUGACUCAGAUGAUUUAGAGGAGGAUGAAGAGGAAGAAGAAGACCAAACUGUUGAAGAAAGUGAAGAUGAUGAUUCUGAUUCAGAAAGUGAAGCACAACAUAAAAAUAAAACCAAGGUGCUAUUGCAUGGUAUUAUGGACCUGAAAUCAGAUGGACAAAAAGCAACUGAAAAGUCCCAAGAAAAAAGAAUACACCAGCCAAUACCUCUUGUGUCUGAAUCUCAGACUCACUCAUCAUUCCAAUCCCAGCAGAAGCAGCCUCAGGUUUUGUCACAGCAGCUUCCCUUUAUUUUCCAAAGCUCUCAGGCAAAGGAGGAAUCUGUGAACAAACACACCAGUGUAAUACAGUCUACGGGAUUGGUGUCCAAUGUGAAACCUUUGUCUUUGGUAAAUCAAGCCAAAAAGGAAACUUACAUGAAACUGGUAGUUCCUUCUCCUGAUAUACCCAAAGCAGGGAAUAAAAAUACCUCUGAAGAAUCUAGCCCUUUGACCAGUGAAUUGAGAUCCAAACGGGAACAGUUCAAACAGACAUUCCCAGCACAACUAAAGAAACAAGAAUCAUCUAAGAGCCUGAAGAAAGUUAUUGCAGCUUUGUCAAGUCCAAAAGCAAUCUCUAGCUCACCAGCGCAUCCCAAACAAACAACUGUAGAAAAUAACCACUCUAAUCCAUUCUUGACAAAUGCACUUUUAGGUAAUCACCAACCCAAUGGAGUUAUUCAAAGUGUCAUCCAAGAAGCUCCUUUAGCACUUACUACCAAAAGUAAAACGCAAAGCAAGAUAAAUGAAAACGUUCCUACUUCAAGUAAUAUCCCUUUUUCUUCACCUGUAAAUUUAAGUACAUGUGGGAGAAAAACAUCAGGCAGUCGGACCCCUGUAAUGUCCUCUUCCUCUCCCGUACUGCAUGGUCCAGGGAAGGAAAAAUCAGUCAGCAAUAAUAUUAUAACCACAGGAAAUCCACAACAUCACCUGCCUUCUGCAAAAUCCAUAGUGGAACAAUUUAGAGGAACAGAUUCAGACAUUCCUAGUAGUAAAGAUUCUGAUGACUCAAAUGAUGAGGAAGAUGAGGAUGAUGAGGAUGAAGAGGAUGAUGAUGAAGACGAUGAAGAUGAUGAUUCUGAUGACAGCCAAUCAGAAUCAGAUAGUAAUUCUGAAUCUGAUACUGAAGGGUCAGAAGAUGAUGAUGACGAGGAUGAUAAGGAUCAAGACGAAUCUGAUAGUGAUACUGAAGGAGAGAAACCCUCAAUGCAGUUGAAUAAGACAGCUUCCUCUGUCAAAAGCUCUUCCCUCAGUCUCACAGCUCACUCAACGCCACUUAAUCUCCAAGUGGCCAAACCUCCAGGCUCUGCUCCUGCUGCCUUAUGUCCUGAAUCCCAGUCACCCGUUUUUCUCAGCACUCCUUCUUCUACACUUACUUCAAGUCCACACUGUGGUACUUCCAAAAGGAGAAGAGUAACAGAUGAGCGGGAACUGCGUAUUCCUUUGGAAUAUGGCUGGCAAAGGGAGACAAGAAUAAGGAACUUUGGAGGGCGCCUACAAGGAGAAGUAGCAUAUUAUGCUCCAUGUGGAAAGAAACUUAGACAGUAUCCUGAAGUAAUAAAGUAUCUCAGCAGAAAUGGAAUAAUGGAUAUCUCAAGGGACAAUUUCAGCUUCAGUGCAAAAAUAAGAGUGGGUGACUUCUAUGAAGCCAGAGAUGGACCGCAGGGAAUGCAGUGGUGUCUUCUGAAGGAAGAGGAAGUCAUCCCCCGAAUCAGGGCAAUGGAAGGUCGCAGAGGACGACCCCCCAAUCCAGACAGACAGCGUGCUAGAGAGGAAUCCAGGAUGAGACGGCGCAAAGGUCGACCUCCAAAUGUUGGCAGCAGUGAAUUUCUUGAUAAUACAGAUGCCAAACUCUUAAGGAAGCUGCAAGCCCAAGAAAUAGCAAGACAAGCAGCACAAAUAAAGCUUUUGAGGAAACUUCAAAAGCAGGAACAAGCUCGAGUUGCCAAAGAAGCGAAGAAGCAACAAGCAAUAAUGGCUGCUGAAGAGAAAAGAAAGCAAAAAGAACAGAUAAAGAUAAUGAAACAACAGGAGAAAAUUAAGAGAAUACAGCAAAUCAGAAUGGAAAAAGAACUUCGAGCCCAACAAAUUCUAGAGGCUAAAAAGAAAAAGAAGGAAGAAGCGGCAAAUGCCAAAUUAUUGGAGGCCGAGAAACGAAUAAAGGAAAAAGAAAUGAGAAGACAACAAGCUGUUCUUUUGAAGCAUCAGGAGUUGGAGAGGCAUAGACUAGAUAUGGAGAGAGAGAGACGGCGACAGCAUAUGAUGCUUAUGAAAGCUAUGGAAGCUCGUAAAAAAGCCGAAGAAAAAGAAAGAUUGAAACAAGAAAAACGUGAUGAAAAAAGAUUAAAUAAAGAACGCAAACUAGAGCAACGAAGAUUAGAAUUAGAAAUGGCAAAAGAACUAAAGAAGCCAAAUGAAGAUAUGUGCUUAGCAGAUCAAAAGCCUUUGCCAGAGUUACCACGUAUCCCCGGACUUGUUCUCUCUGGAAGUACAUUUUCAGAUUGCCUCAUGGUGGUACAAUUCUUGGGAAAUUUUGGUAAAGUUCUAGGCUUUGAUGUGAACAUUGAUGUCCCAAACCUAAGUGUUCUUCAAGAGGGAUUACUGAAUAUUGGUGACAGCAUGGGUGAAGUACAGGACUUACUUGUAAGGCUCCUCUCUGCCGCUGUCUGUGAUCCAGGUCUAAUAACAGGAUACAAGGCCAAAACAACUCUUGGGGAACAUUUACUAAAUGUUGGCGUCAAUCGUGACAAUGUUUCUGAGAUCUUGCAGAUUUUUAUGGAAGCCCAUUGUGGACAAACUGAACUUACAGAAAGCCUAAAGACAAAAGCUUUUCAAGCACACACUCCAGCUCAGAAAGCAUCAGUACUUGCUUUCCUCAUUAAUGAGCUAGCAUGCAGCAAGAGUGUUGUGAGUGAAAUUGACAAGAAUAUUGAUUAUAUGUCAAACUUAAGAAGAGAUAAAUGGAUGGUUGAAGGUAAACUUCGCAAACUCAGAAUCAUUCAUGCUAAGAAAACAGGGAAAAGAGACACUACAGGUGGUGGUGAACUUGGAGAAGAACCACAUUCCUUGGGUACACCUACUACAGGACGUAAGCGAAGACGGAAAGGGGGAGAUAGUGACUAUGAUGAUGACGACGAUGAUGAUAGUGAUGACCAAGCUGAUGAAGAGGAUGAAGAUGAAGAAGACAAAGAUGACAAAAAAGGAAAGAAAAUAGAUAUUUGUGAUGAUGAGGAUGACGGUGAUCAAGCAGCAAGUGUUGAAGAGCUGGAGAAACAGAUUGAAAAACUGACUAAACAACAGAGUCAGUACAGAAGAAAGCUCUUUGAUGCUUCUCACUCUUUACGGUCAAUGAUGUUUGGCCAGGAUCGCUACAGACGCCGAUAUUGGAUUCUUCCCCAGUGUGGGGGUAUUUUUGUGGAAGGCAUGGAAAGUGGUGAAGGUCUAGAAGAAAUUGCAAAAGAGAAAGAAAAAUUGAAAAAAGCAGAAAUUAUACAAAUCAAAGAAGAAAUGUUUGAGACUUCUGAUGACACGUUAAGCUGUUUAAGUACAGGCCACUGUGAGCAAAAAGAAGAUCUUAAGGAAAAAGACAACACUAAUCUGUUUCUACAAAAGCCUGGCUCCUUCUCCAAAUUAAGCAAAUUGUUAGAAGUAGCUAAAAUGCCUCCUGAGUCAGACAUUAUGAACCCCAAACCAAAUGGUAGUGCAGCCAAUGGAUGCACAUUAUCUUACCAAAAUGGUGCAAAAAAUUCUCUCUGUAACCUUCAACCAGCAGUAUCACAAAGCAACAAGGAAAAGGCAGAUUCUAACCUAUUUAAUCCAGUCUCAAGUGGUCAAGGGAAGUUUUACAGCCCUCCAUUAAUUGCCAAUGAUCAAUUGUUAAAAACCCUAACAGAAAAGAAUAGACAGUGGUUCAGCCUUUUACCCAGAACACCCUGUGAUGACACUUCCCUUACCCAUGCAGACGGAUCUGCUUCACUGGCUCCUCAUUCUCAGCCUCCUUCUAAAUCACCUUCACCUGUUCCAUCACCUCUUCUUGGGUCUUCCUCUGCACAGAAUACAAUGGGCCUCAGUCCAUUUGCUUUAUCACCUCUUCAGAUGAAGAGUGGAUUACCCAUAAUGGGACUUCAGUUUUGUGGAUGGCCAACAGGAGUUCUCACUUCAAAUGUUCCUUUUACAUCUCCUUUACCUAGUCUGGGAUCAGGGUUGGGAUUAUCAGAAGGAAAUGGUAAUUCAUUCUUGACCCCAAACGUUUCUUCAUGUAAAAGUGAAUCACCAGUGCCACAGAACGAAAAGGCAUCUUCGGCUCUCUCUGGAACAGUUGAAGUAGCAAAGCCAGUAGAUUUUCCUAGUCCAAAACCCAUUCCAGAAGAAAUGCAGUUUGGUUGGUGGAGAAUUAUUGACCCAGAGGACCUAAAAGCUUUGCUUAAAGUGCUACAUCUCAGGGGGAUAAGGGAAAAGGCAUUGCAGAAGCAAAUACAGAAACACUUGGAUUAUAUUACUCAGGCCUGCAUCAAAAAUAAGGAUGUUGCUAUUAUUGAAAUAAAUGAAAAUGAAGAAAACCAAGUAACUCGAGAUAUUGUAGAGAAUUGGUCGGUGGAUGAGCAAGCAAUGGAGAUGGACUUGACUAUUCUUCAGCAGGUAGAAGAUUUAGAAAGAAGAGUUGCAUCAGCAAGUUUACAAGUGAAGGGUUGGAUGUGUCCUGAACCCGCAUCAGAAAGGGAAGACUUGGUAUAUUUUGAGCAUAAGUCAGUUACUAAAUUGUGCAAGGAGCAUGAUGGAGAGUGUCCUAGAGGAGAAGAAAGCAGUGCCAGUCCUCUAGAACGGAAGAGUGACAACCCUCUAGAUAUAGCUGUAACCAGGCUGGCUGAGUUGGAGCGGAACAUAGAGCGAAGGUAUCUGAAGAGCCCCUUAAGUACCACCAUUCAGAUCAAACUGGAUAAUGUGGGCACAGUUACUGUCCCUGCUCCUGCACCAUCCAUUAGUGGUGAUGGUGACGGAAUUGAAGAGGAGAUUGCUCCAGGGCUCAGGGUAUGGAGAAGGGCAUUAUCAGAAGCUCGCAGUGCUGCACAGGUAGCUCUGUGCAUUCAGCAGUUACAGAAAUCAAUAGCAUGGGAAAAAUCAAUUAUGAAAGUUGCGAGUGGUCAAACUCUAAAAAUAAAAAAACUUAAUAUCAAAGGAAAAAAGAGUAAUGAACAAAAGAAAGGAAGGAAAUUAUCUCUAACAGGUGAUACUGAAGAUGAAGACUCAGCAGCCACAAGCAGUUCACAAAAGAAAGGAAAUAAAGAUCCCAAGAAAAGAAAAAUGGAGGAAAAUGUCUCUCUAAACUUGUUAAAACAAGAAAGUUUUACUUCAAUUAAAAAACCUAAAAGAGAUGAUUCCAAGGACCUGACUUUAUGCAGCAUGAUCCUGACAGAAAUGGAAACUCAUGAGGAUGCAUGGCCUUUUCUACUUCCUGUAAACUUGAAACUCGUUCCUGGUUAUAAGAAGGUUAUUAAGAAACCAAUGGAUUUUUCUACCAUUAGAGAAAAACUAAGUAGUGGACAGUACUCUAACCUCGAAACCUUUGCUCUAGAUGUCAGGCUUGUUUUUGACAACUGUGAAACAUUUAAUGAAGAUGAUUCUGACAUAGGCAGAGCUGGCCACAAUAUGAGGAAGUAUUUUGAAAAAAAAUGGACAGAUACUUUCAAAGUGAGCUGAAGUUAUCAGAACUACUCUUCCCGCUUUGAACAGGACAGAUGAGACCAGCAAUGUGAACUGUAUUUACGUAAAAGUGCAAGGCACAUACAUGACUUUUUUUUUCCUUAAGUAUCAGAAAAGUGAUACUACUUCUAAAGGCUUCACUCCUACAGCAACCAUGGCCCUUGGUUAUUGGUUUGUAUGUUUUAUCAACUAAUUUAGGUAGAACAGGGAAGCACACCCAAAGAAUUUUCAAAGAGAGGGGUGUUAUAGUGCAAUAGCAAUUAAAAAUAUAUCAAAACGCACUGAAUAUUCAACCACCAGAGCUCUACUUGGGAAAUGGUUCUCCUUUCCCACUCAAUAAAUAUCUAUUUUUCAUUUUUUUACUUUGUAGUUUAUUUUUUAGUGAAUGUAUUUAAUUUUAUGAAUUAUUUAUGAUUAAACUGCAUCCAGAAUCUUCGUUUUCUGUGAAAAGGAAGAAUUAGAAAAUUGCUUUAAAUCUUGAAAAUACAACAAGGAAUGUUUUAAAAUAUAAAACAAAGCCAAGUAAAACUGUUUACACUGAUGUGCUCUAAAAGCACUUAAAAAUUAAACUUUACUGUAGAGUAACAAGUACAUUUAUAUAUAUGUUGCUGCAUCACUUGUGUAGUUAAAUUGUAUUUCAAGACAGUGAAGAAAAAUUGACAUGUAUAUACUGUUCAUUAUUGUUUAUAUUAAGUAUUGUUUUAAAUAUGUAUGAUGUGUACAUAUUGUUUGCAGACAUUAUUGUUUAUGCCUUAGAAGGACUGUAGCAUUUUAUUUUAGUCUUAAGGUAAUUAUAGCUAUACAGCUUGUACAGUAAUUAUCCUCUACCAACACUGUGGAGUCUCCUUAAUCUUGGUAGUGCCUGCCUUUGAAACAGGGUGUAGGGGAUAUUAGUUUUCCAUUUUUUCUAUUUUGUUAUAUAAUUUCAAGCCACCAGGGCCUCAAAUUCAAGUAUAUAAUCAUUUGUAUCCAUGUGGAAUAAAAUUGUGACAAUUUCCUACGCACACAGUAUUUUUUCAUAGAAACAUUUCCUUCCCAUUUGCCUUGCCACAGAAAUAAAUUUAAAAAAAAAAAAAAGACAUUUGUAACCACUGUGUUUUAUCUACUGUGUGUUGUGGUGGCCUGUUGGAGGCAGAUAGAUCAGAAUUUUUUUUGUACCUAUGUAAGAGUACUUGAAGUUUUAUUUAAAAUAAAAUGUUGUGGAAAAGGUAGCAAUCUUUUUUCCCCCUUUUUUUUAGGAGUGUUAUUUUUCACUAGUAUGUGUGGCACGGAUACAAUAAAAGACUUUUACAAACUA